CGGCCCCGGCAGCGCCGACGCAGGCGCACUGCACCGCGCCGCCGCCAUUUUGUGUCUGAGCCUGUGGAGCGAUUAAACCGUGCGCGGAGCUGCUUCUUUGGCGGCAGCGGCGGCGGCGGUAGCCGGUGCGGACGCGCGGAGCUCGCAGGGGACGCCAGGUGGCCGGAGCCGUGGAGCGGCGGCAGAGCGGGCGCCGCGGGGGGUGUGGCGCGGAGAAUGAUUACGGACCUGAAGCCAAAGAACAAGAUGCGCUAGUGGACAGAUUGCUGACCAGGGGCUUGAGAGCUGGGUUCUGUUUUCCCUCCUCAAACUGACUUUGCAGCCACGGAGAGGCAGGGGAAAUGGAAGGUGAUGCAGUUGAAGCCAUUGUGGAGGAGUCCGAAACUUUUAUUAAAGGAAAGGAGAGAAAGACUUACCAGAGACGCCGGGAAGGGGGCCAGGAAGAAGAUGCCUGCCACUUACCCCAGAACCAGACGGAUGGGGGUGAGGUGGUCCAGGAUGUCAACAGCAGUGUACAGAUGGUGAUGAUGGAACAGCUGGACCCCACCCUUCUUCAGAUGAAGACUGAAGUAAUGGAGGGCACAGUGGCUCCAGAAGCAGAGGCUGCUGUGGACGAUACCCAGAUUAUAACUUUACAGGUUGUAAAUAUGGAGGAACAACCCAUAAACAUAGGAGAGCUUCAGCUUGUUCAAGUACCUGUUCCUGUGACUGUACCUGUUGCUACCACUUCAGUAGAAGAACUUCAGGGGGCUUAUGAAAAUGAAGUGUCUAAAGAGGGCCUUGCGGAAAGUGAACCCAUGAUAUGCCACACCCUACCUUUGCCUGAAGGGUUUCAGGUGGUUAAAGUGGGGGCCAAUGGAGAGGUGGAGACACUAGAACAAGGGGAACUUCCACCCCAGGAAGAUCCUAGUUGGCAAAAAGACCCAGACUAUCAGCCACCAGCCAAAAAAACAAAGAAAACCAAAAAGAGCAAACUGCGUUAUACAGAGGAGGGCAAAGAUGUAGAUGUGUCUGUCUACGAUUUUGAGGAAGAACAGCAGGAGGGUCUGCUAUCAGAGGUUAAUGCAGAGAAAGUGGUUGGUAAUAUGAAGCCUCCAAAGCCAACAAAAAUUAAAAAGAAAGGUGUAAAGAAGACAUUCCAGUGUGAGCUUUGCAGUUACACGUGUCCACGGCGUUCAAAUUUGGAUCGUCACAUGAAAAGCCACACUGAUGAGAGACCACACAAGUGCCAUCUCUGUGGCAGGGCAUUCAGAACAGUCACCCUCCUGAGGAAUCACCUUAACACACACACAGGUACUCGUCCUCACAAGUGCCCAGACUGCGACAUGGCCUUUGUGACCAGUGGAGAAUUGGUUCGGCAUCGUCGUUACAAACACACCCACGAGAAGCCAUUCAAGUGUUCCAUGUGCGAUUACGCCAGUGUAGAAGUCAGCAAAUUAAAACGUCACAUUCGCUCUCAUACUGGAGAGCGUCCGUUUCAGUGCAGUUUGUGCAGUUAUGCCAGCAGGGACACAUACAAGCUGAAAAGGCACAUGAGAACCCAUUCAGGGGAAAAGCCUUAUGAAUGUUAUAUUUGUCAUGCUCGGUUUACCCAAAGUGGUACCAUGAAGAUGCACAUUUUACAGAAGCACACAGAAAAUGUGGCCAAAUUUCACUGUCCCCACUGUGACACAGUCAUAGCCCGAAAAAGUGAUUUGGGUGUCCACUUGCGAAAGCAGCAUUCCUAUAUUGAGCAAGGCAAGAAAUGCCGUUACUGUGAUGCUGUGUUUCAUGAGCGCUAUGCCCUCAUCCAGCAUCAGAAGUCACACAAGAAUGAGAAGCGCUUUAAGUGCGACCAGUGUGAUUAUGCUUGUAGACAGGAGAGGCACAUGAUCAUGCACAAGCGCACCCACACCGGGGAGAAGCCUUACGCCUGCAGCCACUGCGAUAAGACCUUCCGCCAGAAGCAGCUUCUCGACAUGCACUUCAAGCGCUAUCACGACCCAAACUUCGUCCCUGCGGCCUUUGUCUGUUCUAAGUGUGGGAAAACAUUUACACGUCGGAAUACCAUGGCAAGACAUGCUGAUAAUUGUGCUGGCCCAGAUGGUGUAGAGGGGGAAAAUGGAGGAGAAACGAAGAAGAGUAAACGUGGAAGAAAAAGAAAGAUGCGCUCUAAGAAAGAAGAUUCCUCUGACAGUGAAGAAAAUGCUGAACCAGAUCUGGAUGACAAUGAGGAUGAGGAGGAGCCUGCCGUAGAAAUUGAACCUGAGCCAGAGCCUCAGCCUGUGACCCCAGCCCCACCACCCGCCAAGAAGCGGAGAGGACGACCCCCUGGCAGAACCAACCAGCCCAAACAGAACCAGCCAACAGCUAUCAUUCAGGUUGAAGACCAGAAUACAGGUGCAAUUGAGAACAUUAUAGUUGAAGUAAAAAAAGAGCCAGAUGCUGAGCCCGCAGAGGGAGAGGAAGAGGAGGCCCAGCCAGCUGCCACAGAUGCCCCCAAUGGAGACCUCACGCCCGAGAUGAUCCUCAGCAUGAUGGACCGGUGAUGGCGGAGCCUUGUGCGUCGCCAGGACUGCUCUGGGCUGUGUUUAAACGGCCCGCAUCUUAAUUUUUCUCCCUUCUUUAUUUUUUUGGCUUUGGGAAAAGCAUCAUUUUACCAAACAUACCAAGAACGAAAACUUCAAGGAUGAUGUUAGAAAAAAACGUGAUUUAACUAGAACUUGCUGUCUGAUGUUAGCAAAUCAUGGAAUGUUCUGAGUCCCCGAGGGUUUACUGUGAAGUGCUGAGGAGAGUGUUGACGACUAACUCGUUUUCCUAGAUGGAAACAGAGACAUUGACCCCUCCCUCCAUGUGGUAAACCACUCCAGAAUGGCCACCAGGUUUCCCAGAGUUCUAUGGUCUUCUUCCCAAGAGAGUUUUUAAUUGUAAAUGCAUACUUGGGAAGGACUUAGACUUUUAAACUGUUUUUUGCUUUUGCUUUUCCCUGACUCCCUUUGCUUGGAGUCAGCUGCACACCAGUAGUAUGGCAUGCUACGAUCAGGUUCUGUCCUGAAAGCUUUGCCUCUUUCUUGGCAAAGUUUCUGGUAUGGUCAAGCUUGUAAAUAACUUUUUUUACAUUUUAAUCUUUUCCAUUAAUUAAGAGGUUGAAAAGAAGUGCAGUGUAAGAAAACCCAGCAUUUUAAUUACUUGCAAAUUAAGUUACCACAGACUCUGUAGUGUGUAAAUGUUGACAAGGAAUUGGAUCACAAUCAUGUAGCAGAAUGGCACCCAGACCACUGCCCACCAGUGACGGACACCCACGUGGCAGAUCAUGAUUUCCAGCCCACGGAGCCAGCAUUUGAACCUUGUAUAAUUAACUUUCAGUUAUGAUUUCCCAUCGACAUUUUCUUUGCCCUGUUUGUAGCUGAUUGUUGUGUUUUAUAAAUCUUCUGUUAAGGCAGAAGGGUGAUUAUGAGUGGGUCACAGCAGCCCUUAUAAGCUGGGCCAGAUAAUUUCACUAGGUCAGUAAUUUAAACUUUGGAUCUUCAAAAAAUAAUAAUGUGAAGCAAAACCAACUAAAAAGUGAUUCUUGCACAUGAACUGUCACAUGUUUAAAAAUGUGUUUUUUAGAGAGCCUCAGUCUUACUGAUUUCAAACACUUUUUUCUUCUGUGUAUUGCUUUUAAGAGAGCCAUCAGUUAGCUAUCAGACCCUAGGUUGAUGCAUUUUGUACUUAGCUGUACUGUGUGAUAUUUUUCAUUAUUUUAGGAUGCCAACAUGAGACCUGUAAUAAAAUAUGUAAUGGGGUUAAAAGCUGGGGAGGAGGAUCUACUGCUGUACAGCUAAUAAAUCAUAACAGAUUAACAAGUGCUCCAAA